UUUCAGGAAUAAAGAAUGUCUUUGACUCGGAAUACGACCUUCUUGAGAGAUGAUGCAUUAGUUUCUUCUCUGAUCAGAAUAGAUCGGUCAUGUGCGGUGUGACGUGCUUCUGAGAGUGACAAAGUCCUGCUGGGUACAUAAGCUGUGUCCUAUCAAUCAUCAUGGUUAUUUUGCUUGAUAUUUUGGAAAGGAGCGUUCACGUUGUACAAUGUGCAUAUUAUACAUACUAACUUAGAUAUAACAUCAACGAGGCUAGUGGAGAUCAGCCAAGUGAUAGGUCUAACGUUGAAUCAAUUGGAAACUCGAGUUUGCUCGUCUCGUCUGGAGGAUCAAGAUCUGAUCACGAUCUCCUUCUUACAACUUACAUCAAUCCCUAGAGGCUGCUCCUGUCUUAAUAAUACCUAUCCCCAAUGGCAGCUGUCUAUGUCUCAAUUGGAAACGCAUCGAACCCAUCCCCAAAGUUCAUUCCCAAAGUUCAUAUCCAAAAUUCAAAAAAUGACUAUUCAACUACUGCAAGGAGUUUUUAUGUCAUUCUCAUCAUGUUAGUUGCUUCAAUUUGAUUACAAGGAUCUUCUUGGCACUUGUGAGUACAACUUAUUGUAGAUCAACAAGCAAGUAGACGAUGCUGAUGUUGAGAUGAGACCCGAAAGACAGUUGUAUUGAUAAGUGUGCUGGCAGUCUCACUCUUCACCUACCUGACGUGACCCAAUUACUUACAACGUGUCAGGCUGAAGUGGUUGGCGAUCAUAGGAUUCGACGUAAUAUCAUGCUUAUGCGACCACUGAUUCGGGUUCUUGCGGUAGCGUAGUAAUGUUUGUUCCCGUUGUUCUAGAAGAAAGACCUGUAUGUCGUAGGCUAUGUUAUUCGCAUACCGUAGAGCAUUUUGUUUUUGAGCAUGAAUGAUCACUUUUUACUAGAAGGAAAAGAGGUUUAUUGACCGACUUUUCUCUGUAUAUUGCCUGUGUGAUCUUUCAUGAAUCUUGUGUGUGUGAUUUUUCCUGUGCGCGGUUUUCAACUCCAUAGUAUAGGUUUUCGUAAAAGAAAUUACUAGCUAAGCUUUUUUCACGACAUCACACGAAGUCUACUGUUUUUUUAAAAUUUCGUAAGAACCGAAGAUUAUACUACAUCAGGUCUGAAAGAUUAUACAUUUAGAUAGGUGGGAAAAAAAGAUGGCAGACGACCUGCGAGAUUUUGUGGUGAAUGAAGAGGAAGAUCUCUUCGGCGAUGGCGGGAACCAGGAUGAAGCGUUUCAGGACGAUGCCUUCGUCGGUGGAGAUGGAGCGGGCCUGGGAGGAGUGGGAGGAGCCGAGGGCGGUUUAGAUAUGGGGCAGGAGCCUGGGGAGCAAGAAGAGAAACCAAAAAACCCAUUCGAACAGUCUCUCGAAUUAAUCAACAAAGACAAGAAGAAAAAGCGAGCAGGAGGCAAGUUCACCGCGUCAGACGCAAAGACACAGGCUGAAAAUUUGGUAUUGAAUAUGUUACAACACUUAUGAAUAUACAAGAACUCAUCUUACUUUGUAUUUCUUCUAGAUUAUGGGGUUGUGAAAUCGUCAGGGAAAUCUACUUAGGCACCUUGUCGAAUAGAUUCAAUUUGGCAAACCUCACACGAUUCCAAGAAAGGUAACUUCUUCAGCAAGACGAUGAUACCGGUGUUCAUCAAGUAACUUAGAAUUACUUUUGUUCCUACAUCACACCAGGUUAAACAUAUGAUCAAAGUUCAGCAUGAUGACAAGAAGGCAUUACAAGAGGGAAGCCCGGCUAUCAAUAAGGCCCAGCAAGUUGAAAAAGUUUAUCGACUUGUCAAUCGCAGCGGCUUCAAAGAACAGUUCGUCAUUGCUGGAGGUACGAAAUUUUCACACCCCUACGUUCUAGGAGAAGAUGAUAAAAGAUCAAGAUUUCUUAGUAGAUUGUGAACCAGAUGAUUUAUGUAUAUUCCUAGAAGAUUUUGAUUUUGAAAUAUUUCUUGAUGAAACUUUCCAACUCUAACUCGACAGGUGUAGAAUGGUUGAAGGAAUGGAUUCGACCAAUAGAGGGUAUGGGCGAGCUAGCCGAGCCACCACUUUCGGUGGUGGAAAUCGUAGUAAAAUGCCUCGAUACCCUCGGCCCCACAAUAAGCAAGGAGGAGGUCAGGAUAAGUGGAAUCGGUAUAAUUUAUUUACAAGUAACAUACCUUUACCUUCUAAGAUGAUGUUCAUUUUUAAUGUUCUUGUAAAUAUUUUUUGUCUUCGAUAUGAUUUGGUCUUCUUUGUCGCCUCCUAUAUGAUCACACGACCCAAAAAAAUGUACGAAACAGGGAAGGAAAUGCGUCGUAUUUUGAAGGAUUCGAAGUAUCCCCGCGAUUUGAGACAGAGAGCGCAGAGGCUGAUCGGCAGCUGGGUGUCGUAUGUCACCGGCGGUCCCGAGAAGCGGUCUAGAGCGGAAGCUGGCUCGGACGACGAAGCUAUCGAGGUCGACGCAAGGGGCCGCAAGAUGCCCAGGUCAGGAGACGAACUCGAUCUAGCUCUACCUGGCGGAGACGGUCAGAGAACUGGUGGAGACGGCCAGAGAAUGAAGACGGAACGCGAGAAAAACCUGAUAUGGCAACCAAAAGGGGAUGACCUAAAGCUUAUCGAAGAACGAAGAAAGAUGCGGCAUGCAGUGAUGCCAAUGGAUAAGCCGGUAAAAGUUUUAGAUCCCUUGUUGACUUCAAGUUUUUCUCUUUGAUGAAGUUUUAACUUCUUGUGGCUAUAAAAAUAAAUCUAGGGAAAAACACCAACAUCAAUAUUAUGAGACCACUCGUCUCCUUUUCGUGCGAUCUUCAUCAAUCUUUUUUUCUGAAACUGAAAUGACAGGUCUUCGACAUUUCUUCAUUGCCACCUUCGUUUGCGCCGGCCAAGCGACGCGCGAAGGAGGAUCCGAACAGCACCACUGGUAAACUCUCGACACAGCUGCAGAAGAUUUCGAAUCCCAAUAAGAAAGCAUGGAAAUCAACUGUGGGACAGGUCAGCAUUGCCGGUCGGGACAUCGUUUACAAAUGGUGAUCGCCCACCUGGAGGAGAGCAUUGCUGGUCGGGACAUCGUUUACAGAUGGUGAUCGAGGCCCUUGGAUCCAAAUGUACCACGAAGAGCUGUGGGACGUUUCGAGUCCUGGUGGUCAUGUCUUCGUUGUGAAUGGUUCUUGGAGCUACUAGCGAGGUUUUUUCUUCCCCACCCACCAAGACCCCAUCUUGUGUUGGAAUUCCUAUCUAGUAGUAGUCCCAUGAUACACAUACCAAAAGAAUCACAUGGAGGUUGAUAUGAACAAACAUCAUGUAGUUGUGUAUUGAUUUUACAUGGAACAGCAACAGCAUGUUGUGGAUCAUAGAUUUUUUGAACCAGCAUGGACGAGAACAGGACGGCCAUGGCGGGUUGAUACUCAUAGCUUCUUUGCGAUGCGCGAUUACGGGCGGCUAGUUCCGUUGCAUUGUAGUUGCGACGGUGGUAGUAGCUUUCUGUAUUGUGAACGGACAGAUUUUUACCAAAACGAACCUUGCCGGUGCAGGGUUCGUUCUGGUCGAAUGUCCUACCAUAUUCUGUGCGAGGAGAUGCUGAAAGUUUUCACCAGUAGCGGAAAUGUAUGAUUGUAGAACGGCUUGCUCUGAAAGGUGAUCAUUUUUAGACGGAUUAAGAAUCGUUCGUUCAUCUCUGGGUAAGGUUGACUCGGUAUUGAAAAUUAGUGUGGAUUCCAUAUAAGUCUUUACGACCGCAGGAAAUGUAUCAUCCCGCCGAUGGCCUUGCGCGGUCGUUUGGAAUGCAGUAUGAUGUCAUAUAAGGCCUGUAAAGAU